AUGGCAAAGGCGUUGGCACAAGUUAUGCCGAGGACAAGACAUUUACUUUGCACGUGGCACAUCAUGGCAAGUGCACAGAAGCAUGUAGGCACCAUUUUUAGGAAUGAUGAAGGGAUUAAAAGUGUGCUGAGUCAAUUCAUGUACUAUUAUGAUGAUGGGGAUGAUUUUUGUAUACAAUGGGAUGUAAUGUUAAGGGACUACAAUGUUGUUGGUAACACAUGGUUGAACAAUUUGUUUGGUUUAAGAGAAAAAUGGGGUUAUCCAUUUGUUAAACAUUGGUUUACCGCUGGAAUGCGGACAACGCAGCUGAGUGAAAGUUUAAAUAGCUGCUUGAAAGAGUACUUAACCAGGAAAAUGAGUAUUCCAGAUUUCUUCAUGCACCUUGAUAGGCUAUUGUCAGACAAACGGUACAAGGAAUAUCAAGCUGAGUAUGGUUUACUCAGUAAACUACCUAGACUUAAACAAAAUUGUCCCAUUCUAAAACAAGUGGGCAAUAUGUACACAUUGAAGAUUUUUGAACUUUUCCAGGACCAAUUCAUAGAAGCUUGUGUGGUUGCUACCGUGGAAGGAACAAGUUUUGAUGAAAAUGGAUUACGUGUUUCUAGAGUAUCUGUUCAUGAUGGCAGUGUGGAUCGGACUGUGACAAGGUGGGAUGAUGGCUUUCUAAGUUGUUCGUGCGGGAAAUAUGUAAUGGAAGGUAUUUUGUGUAGCCAUGUACUUAAAGUACUGAAAGACGACACUCAGUAUUUCAAAGAAUUACCUUCUAUGUAUAUACUAAAAAGGUGGACGAGAAAAGCUAGGGAUAACAGCGUACAAGACAUCCGUGGAUGUGAAGUUAUUGCUGAUCCUAAACUUGAAGUACGCAGAAGGUAUAGGAUGUUAUGUCGUUUUUUUACAGAAAUCAGCUCAUUUGCAUCCCAGAAAGAAGAGGUAUUCAAUAAUUUGAUGCUAAAGAGGAUGAAAUGGAAAAGGAAACACAUUAAUGUUGAAAGGCAAUGUUUCGAUGUUGAACAAGAGGCAACCAAUUCAGCCUUUUCAACUGAAAGAAGUAAUAAUUAUGAACAUAAUGAAAGUAUCAUUGGGCAAGCCGUGACCGGAAGUAAUGCCAAGGGUAUAAAGAAUAAAGAAACAGGUGGUAAGGGACCAAGGCGCAGGAGGAAGAAUAAGUUUGAACAAUACAUGCAGAGAAAAAAAAACUAUGCGAAACGAAAUAAAUCAAAUGGCAACAACAGUGUUAGUGCAGGUGUAGGUGGCAGUAGUACCGUGCCACCUAUUACAUAUGUACGUCCGAAUGGUUGUGACAUUCCUAGCGACGCCACUUGGAUUUACGAAGAUCAUCACCCAUGUGCACGUUUACAUUCGAAAACAAAUAUCGACCAAAUGACAUAUUGCCCUACCACUAACUUCAGUCAUCCCAGGACUCCACCAACUAAACAGGGGACUCCAUUUGUUUCGUAUCAUGAAUGCCGAUUCUCAGAUUAUCUUGAUGUUGAUCACACCAGUGGUGAUCGUAAUUUGAUGCCAAUGUCGGAGGAGACAACAUUCGAGAUCAAUCCUCCAGCUCAGCAAAAUUUGUUUUGA